CGCGCUCGUCCCCGGGCGCGCGCCUCCCGGCCAGUCCCGGGGCCCCAGCGGGGCAGGGAAAUGAUGGGAGAGGCGGAGGCCGGGGCGAGCGGCUGUUGAGCGAACCUGCGGAGUCGGCCGAGAUGAGGGCGGGCGCGGGCUCGCCCGUGGGGCCUCGCCGUCUGCAGUGGUUGCUGUUGUUCGGCCUGGUGGGCCCGGUGCUCGGUGGGGCGCGGCCAGGCUUUCAGCAGACCUCUCAUCUCUCUUCUUAUGAAAUUAUAACUCCUUGGAGAUUAACUAGAGAACGAAGAGAAGCCCCUAGGCCCAAUUCAAAACAGGUGUCUUAUGUCAUUCAGGCUGAAGGAAAAGAGCAUAUUAUUCACUUGGAAAGGAACAAAAACCUUUUGCCUAAAGAUUUUGUAGUUUAUACCUACAACAAGGAAGGGGCUCUGCUCUCUGACUAUCCCAAUAUACAGAAUCAUUGUCAUUAUCGGGGCUAUGUGGAGGGAGUUUAUAAUUCAUCCAUUGCUCUUAGCAUCUGUUUUGGACUCAGAGGAUUGCUGCAUUUAGAGAAUGCAAGCUAUGGAAUUGAACCCCUGCAAAACAGCUCUCAUUUUGAGCAUAUUGUUUAUCGAAUGGAUAAUGUCCACAAAGAGCCUCUGAAAUGUGCAGUUUCCAACAAGGAUAUAGAGAAAGAAACCACAAAGGAUGAAGAGAAAGAGCCUCCCAGUAUGACUCAGCUACUUCGAAGGAGAAGAGCUGUCCUGCCACAGACCCGAUAUGUGGAGCUGUUCAUUGUCGUAGACAAGGAAAGGGUAGGAUUGGUGACAGUUUUCUUUUUUUCAUGA